GUUUCGGUGAUUGUUUUUAUUUACAAAGAACAAUAGGUAGUAAAUACUUCUUUCUUCUUUCAGGUUAAGCUACUUCUUGCGAAUAAUAUAUUAAACGGUGAACAUGCUGCGUACAAAAAUACAUAUAGCAUUAAGUGCUAUCGGUGCAACAUUGGGAAUAUCUGCAUUUAUAUGUUUUUGCAUUGUUUACGCAAAUAUCGAGGCUGGAAUGUGGGCGUUAUUGUCCGGUAUACAUGCUGGACUAACUCUUAUGCUUCACUGUCAUUACUUGAAAGAGUCACUUCAUGUGAACUUCUCUAGAAAAGCACUUCAGUACCUUGGAGACUUUGGCAUAGUUGGCUUUGUGUCAGGCUCAGCCCUAACAUUGUUCUACUUAUUUUUGGAAAUCUAUUACAAAACCGAUAUCACGCCAAUACAAUCAAGCAUAAUCAUCCGUAUGAUAUGGUCAUUCAUGAUGCUGAAAUGGGGCCUCCUGCUGUACAUGUGCACCAAAAAAUAUUUGCGCACGUACAACGACCACCAGCUGUUCACCGAAAACCCGAACAUUGAAGAAACAUAAUAUAGUAAUGGUUUUUAUUCCACCAUGUAUGUAUAGAAUAUGUAAGUUCCAGUUAGUGGUUUUUAAGUACAUUUUUUUUGUAUAUAUUUAAUGCACGGCUUCAAACCGGUUUCAAAGAGCCGAUAUUUAUUUGGGUAACACGAAUUCCGUAAUCUCCGUUUCGUUCGGAAGAAAAUGAGUCCGAUUUACGCGCCCAUUCCGAUUCCCGCUCAUGCGAGAAGAAAAGCGAGCGGUCAAUCAACCCAGUCAACGCUUAAACGAGGAAACCACUUAUUAACCGUGUUAAUGGAUAGCCGGUUAAAGUAAAGUUUUAACGAACAAAACCGCUAUUACUAAAUUUUUCCUCUGAGUGUAAAAAAAAUUAGCGGUUUUUAAUCCAUUAUGUUGAUCGCACGUGAAGGUCAGGAAUCAAAACUGGUGUCAAUGCUGUAAAUAUAUAGAUUUAAAUGACUCCCUUCAACAUCCAGGAAAAUCUGUAAUCUGUAAUUGUCAGUUUUUAAAGUUGUUUUAUAAGUCAAACCUUGUGGAUAUUUCAGCACUACUACUAGAUCUGUAACUUUAGUUUAGUUUAUAGAUUUGUGUAAAACCGAAUUGGCAACAAUGUUGUAACAUUCAAUGUGUAUGCCCUUCCAAUUACACGCAAAGCAAGCAAACAAAACACACGUUCUAUAAUCUCUUCUACACGAAAAGAGACUCGGAAGUAUUCUGUAAUUCAAAUUCACAAUAGCGAAGACUAGUUAUGUUUGCUUGUCUAGCUAACAAAGGGGAUGGGAAGAUAAUGACAGUUACACAAACCCCAAAUGCUCGUAAGGUAGUCAACAAAAAAAUCUCUCACCUCUAGAACAUAUCAACGGCUUUAAGCAUGGCAAUUGGCAACUAAAUUAAGUAGGGAUUUCCCCUAAACGAAUGUACAAUCAUCAUAGUUACGUUAAAAUUUCAAACCGGUUUUAGACCCUGGUAUCGGCAUUAUUUAGCCUAAUGUAUCGUUUAUGAAACCAGUGAAAUAGAGAAACCGUAUCCAAUUCGAUUUGGAUCAAUUCAAAAUAAAAACAAAAAAAUGUUAUGUAUCGGUUUACCUUUGUUUUUUUUUUAAAACACGCGGCAUAAACCGUUUAAAUGAGAUUAUUUGAACGCUAUGAAUCAUUCCGGUUUCCUUACGGUUAAAAAUCGAUCAAUCAAUUAUCCGUUAGAACAGAAAAAUAUUUUUCAAAUGUAUCGGUUAAUUAAAACCGGUUCCGAGCCCUGAUUGUAACCAAUAACCCUCCUUAAAUUUUAUGCACUUGAUUUUACUAAUACCUCCCGAGGGCCUUCGGUUCCUUAGCUACGAGUGUAAACGGUGCAACUGGUUUGUACACAAAUCUAAAAUCAAGAUGCUCUAAAAUAAAUAGCGAGUUCUGAAAAUUCCCAAGAACUUUAUACUAAAGAAACAGCACCGUUUUAGUGUAAAAUUGAGUUGGUAGGUGUACCUAACUAACAGAUUUAUUAAAGUAGACGAUUUCUUGUUUUUUAAAAGGUGGGUAGAUUAUGAGGUAUUGCUUUAAUUAGAAUGAUUAAAGAAGAAAUAAAAAAGAAGGUACUUAUAACAUGAAACCUUUGUAAUAAGGUUAAAAUAAUAAUUAUCGGGUUCAAAAUUCUCUUAUCAUAAUAUUUUAAUUUAUAAAAUACUUAUAGUACAUUUCACGUAGAAAUAGCGCUUAACAGUCUUACUGUAAUUACGACGAUAUUUUAAAUUAAUGCGAGUGCGUUCGUCUUUUAUAUAUAAAUAGCUUUUACCAGUGACUUCGUCCUCCUAAAUAUAACUUCCGGGGAUGUAAAGUAUAGCCUACGUUUCCCUCCGGCACUUAUCUAUUAAUUAAGACUCCACUCUGCUAAUCGUCUGGUAGCGCCAUUUUACGUGACACCAAGUACAAUAUGAUAUAAUAUUUUAACCAAGUAAAGUUGAAGCCAAACCAACACGUCCACACACGUUAGUGGGAGCGUGCAAAUUUGCGUAUUACUUACAACCAAUAACGAGUCUUGCACAAACCGGCGCAGAUUGUGAUUGGUCGUAAAUUACGACGGGGUUAGCCUCAGCUUUUAAGAAAAUUAUAAAUUAAAUGUUAAAAAAUAAUUAACUUUUAAAUCCUUUCAUGGCAUUUUUGCAAUCUAUAUUUUUAAAAUUUGCAAUGAUUUGUAAAAAAAUAGUACAUUGUAAUUAUUAUUAUUGAUGAGCUAGCUCUCAAACUAAAAUUUUACUAUAAUUUUAAUGAAAACAUUUUGUGAUAUAGUAUUUAUUAAUUUUUGCAAACAAAUUAGACUGAAAAUGGAAGAUUGGCGGUAUUAAAUUAAGCUUUACCUUUUUUUUUUUAAAUCAGGGGAAUUAAGUAAUAAGUACGAGUUUCAGUUUAAAUUAAUAAUAUAAAUUAGUGAGAUACGUAUGCAUGACUGAAAAUAUUUUAUAAGUAAA